UUUUCCUUCAAAAUGAAUUCGUAAUGUAUUAUUUUUAUUAGUGUUCUCCGGUCAGUUAGUUUGUAUCUCAUACAAACACAUUUAUCCAGUGUUAUUACAUUGUUACAUAUAAUUUUUUUUUAUUCUUAGUGAACUUCGUUUACAACUAUGUCGUGUAGGAAAUACUCAAAUACUGCAAUUCAGUGUUCAGCAUCUGCAAUGCUACAGAAAUUUCCAAAUUCUGGAAAAUAUCCAGAACAAUCAAGAAAAUGGUUGCAUUCUAUCAAUGAUAGGGAUAUCAAUGAAAUGGACCCGGUAAUGGUGUAUCGUUCUAAAAGAGUUUGCCGUAAACAUUUUGAGGCUAAAUACCAUUCAUCGAUGUUGAGUAGACUUCAACCGAUUACUGUGCCUACAUUAUAUUUGCAAGAUGAAAUCAAUCUAUUCAAUCCAGAUGAGCCGUCAACUUCUUCAGCUAUGCCAUUAACAUUGGUUUUUUUUAACCGGAUUCCUCUGAUGAAAAUGCUGUUGGUUGUUUAAUGUCACCACUUCAGCUCCUGAAGCAUUCAGGAGUUAGUAAGCAGGCAAUCAUACCAAGAAAAAAAAAGUUAUAUGCAUCAGUGAAAGUAUUGCACAAAACAAUGAAGAUCAGGAACAGUAGAAAAAAACCUUAGCAAAAGAUUACAUGAAGCUGAAAUAUUCAAGGAUAAACAUGAAUUGAAGCAUAACAUGGAAAAGCUGAAUUUCUUGGCUGCGAUACCGAUUUGAUUGCAAUUUCGAGAAUUAAGAGAAGAGUUUGAAACUCAAUCUUCUAGAAUGUUUAGAAAUCCAUAAAUUCAGGAAUUCGAGUAAUUUACAGAAUGAUCAAUUAGAAUUGAAUAACUCUCCGAAACUUGAUAUUUUUUCAAAUGUGGAAACUGGGACAUAAGCACAGGUAAUUUAAUUUCUUACAAACUUAAGUAAAAACCAGGUACUUGAAAUGUAGGUACUUCAAAUUGUAAAAGUAGGUAUAUUAAGCAUUGAAUAUGUAGAAUAUAGU